UCUUACAAGAUGGUCCAACAGGUCCAAUAAAAUCAAAUUUUUAUUCAAAAGUGAAAACAUACUAUUUAUCAUAAUCAUGGCAAUAGUGAUAAACUCUGUAAACUUUGAACUGAUGAGACUUGGCUCCUCCUUUAAGUGUCCGAUGGAACCAAAUCGAAUUUUGCGUUCAAAUUCUUCAGUGGAAAAAGUGUGAGUCGAGUUGGUUUGUGACAAUGCCACUUUUGGCAAUAUGGUAAAUCGGGUUUUCUUCUACAAUAACUAUCUCAUACUCGUCGAACUAUCCUACUUCUAUCUGAAUUUGUGACAAAAUAAGACGUUUGUUUUUGUGUGCAAAAAACUGAUAAAUCGAGUGUCAGUCUUCAGUUAAAAUGGUGCAGUUCACAAGACGACAGUGGCUUACUUUGAUUGUUAUCGGAAUAGCAGACUUUUGCAAUGCCAUUUGUGUCUCACUACAAGCGCCCUUCUAUCCAGCGGAAGCGGAACGUAAAGGCUGCACAGCGACCGAAUACGGUCUUGUCUUUGGUAUUUUCGAAUUAAUCGUUUUUGUAAUAAGUCCGGUUUAUGGACAACACUUGAAUAAAAUAGGCCCUAAAGUGACUUUCAAUGGAGGGAUCUACACGACCGGAAUUUGUGCCAUUUUGUUCGGACUCUUAGAUAAAAUCGAGGGUCAUUAUCCUUUCAUCAUUUUGAGUUUUAUUAUAAGGAUUAUCGAGGCUAUGGGCAAUGCUGCGUUUCUCACAGCCAGUUUUGCCAUCAUUGCUAAAGAAUUUCCAAACAACGUUGCUUUAACUUUUGCCUCUUUGGAGACAUUUUUCGGGUUGGGACUUAUCGUAGGUCCGACUGUCGGAGGCGCCCUUUACCAAGUCGGGGGCUACACUCUUCCUUUCGCUGUAAUGGGCUCAGCCCUUUUUAUGUCGGCCAUUUUAACAGCCUUUGUUUUACCAAGACACGAAGAUGGGACAGACAGAGAUAAAGGACCCUCAAUGUUCAAAGCUGUGAAAAUACCAGGAGUUCUUUUAUCUUGUGGAAGUAUUAUUGUUACCAGCAUGUCGAUUGGAUUUCUACAAGCAACCCUCGAACCGCAUUUGCGCCAAUUUUACUUAUCCCCAGUUAUUUUGGGGUUGAUGUUUGUAAUAAACGGGGGCACUUAUGCAGUCACAGCCCCCGGUUUUGGAAUGCUCUGUGAUAAAUUUUGCCCCCCGAAGGUGAUAACAGUUUUAGGGACUCUACUCGUGGCUGCAGGAUUCACUCUAGUGGGGCCAGCCCCAUUCAUACCUGUCCAAACGAAGUUGUGGAUCACUAUUUUGGGCCUGGUGUUGCAUGGAUUGGGGAUAGCAGCCCAAUUGGUCGCCUCCUUCACUGACGCCCUUAGAACCACUGUGGCCCACGGUUUUCCAAAUAAUCUUGAAACUUUUGGCCUAAUCUCAGGUCUUUGGACCAGCACUUUCGCACUUGGGGCUUUUAUCGGCCCUUCCAUUAGUGGAAUUCUCUACGACAACAUUGGUUUCAGAAAUGCAUCAAUGUUCAUAGUGGCCAUCCACCUCUUCAUUGCUUUCGCAGUUUCUCUCUAUUUAAUCUUCACAAGACGGCCACAGAUUUAUGUUGAACUUAAAGAAGAGAAACUCGUGGCUAAUAGGGAUGUCGAUACUAGUUAUACAAAGUCGCAACAAGCCAGUGUUACCGAAAGUGUGAAAAGUAUAAGAUCGGUGGGUAAUGGAAUUUCGAUCGAGAAGAGUCGGCCACCAGCAAUGAACAGUUUGAUCGCCUGUAAUAGUUACAAGAGUCAAGCUUGGCCUAAAAGAGAGGCAAAUAGUUUGACUUUUGGAAGGUAUAGUUACAGUUAUGGUACUGUUGAUCAAAAUGGGGCCACUACGUCGUAUUUGGCAGGGGUUGCUUAAAUGUUUGUGUUUUAAUCAUGUACUCGAGGACAAUAUAGUAAAUGGUUUUAAUUUUUGUAAAUUUUAUAAAUAGUGAACAUAAUUUAAUACGUUGUAAGACUCCAUUUGUAUAAUACAACAUAAGUUAUUGCAGAUCAGGAAAUGUAUCAUUGUAUACAAAUAAACUAUUUUAUUUUUA